AGGGCAAGUUCAAUAAAUAAGGUUGUCGACGAGUGCUAAAAAAGUGUGGAUUUUUUAACAAACGAUACAAAAAUACUUAAGAACUAUACCCCUCCAAAAAGGGUGCUAAUAGGUUACCCUAUAAAACUUUGAACUUUAUAAUCAAACCAGAGUACAACCAUUUCUUUUAGAAGGACAGUCUCAAACAUAAUUGUUAAGUUAUAAACGUUAAACUCCCAUGAACAUAUACAUAUUCAAUGCAGAGAAAAAUUAGAAUAGAAAAAGUGUAUAGUAAUUUAGGACUUACUAUAUAAUCCCCCCAACCGAAGAAACGGUCCUGUCCCUCUCGCUCAGUAUCUCCUUCUCCCUUUAAAGGCGUACAAGUAUUUAAAGGGGGUGUAAAACUGUUCGAGUAUGUGUGUGUGCUGUAAAGUGAUCUCCUCUCCGCAGGCAACCGCCCACCCCUAAAAACAUCCGCUCUUAUCAGGCGCAGUGUGCGUUUGAGUGUGCAUGUGUGAGUGGGGGGUAUGAGUGAGUGACGUCGGCAGCGCAGUCGGCUUCCUGCGUCGAGGACUUUGACUUACUCAUUCAUUCGCGAGCCUUUCCCAAGUGAGGACGUGUCCACUGGAACUAAUCCUCUCGCCUGCAGUCGCUCCCACCUUAUACAAAACGCACGCCCUGGAAUAUAUGUUUUAACGGCCUUAGCAGCUGUCAGGCCCCAAGGAGAAUCCCAGCCCAGGACUACCAAAGGACCUUAGAUGAACACAGGGCACACACGCAGCCCCACUUGCAUGAGGACAUAAAUCGCGAUCGCACACCCACUCGACACCGCUUAGAGACGCAACUACGGCCUCCCAAUGAAGAUGGCAUCCCAACGCUUCUGCCUGCGGUGGAACAACCACCAGAGCAACCUGCUGUCCGUCUUCGACCAGCUGCUCCACGCAGAAACCUUCACAGAUGUGACGCUGGCCGUCGAAGGGCAAUACUUAAAGGCACACAAGAUGGUGCUAUCCGCAUGCAGUCCCUACUUCAACGCCCUUUUCGUAAAUCACCCGGAAAAGCAUCCGAUCGUCAUUCUGAAGGACGUGCCCUACUCGGACAUGAAGUCCCUGCUGGACUUCAUGUACAGAGGAGAGGUCUCAGUGGACCAGGAGCGACUCACCGCAUUCCUGCGCGUGGCCGAGAGCCUGCGCAUCAAGGGCCUCACCGAGGUCAACGACGACAAGCCCUCGCCGGCGGCAGCAUCUGCGGGGGCAGGAGCGGCGGCUUCCGAGAGCACGCCCACUCCCCCCCAACUGCAGCGCAUCCAGCCCUACUUGGUGCCCCAGCGGAACCGCUCGCAGGCCGGCGGUCUGCUCGCCAGUGCCGCCAGCGCCGGAAACACGCCCACCCUGCCGGUGCAGCCGUCGCUGCUUAGCUCGGCCCUGAUGCCCAAGCGGAAGAGGGGCAGGCCCCGCAAGCUGUCCGGCAGCUCGAACGGGACGGGGAACGACUACGACGACUACGAUCGCGAGAACGUGAUGAACGACUCCUCCGAUCUGGGCAACGGUAAACUGGGCAACGAGUCCUACUCCGGCAAUGAUGACGGCUCCGACGACAAUCAGCAGAACGCAGGCCACACGGAUGAUCUUAAUGAAAGCCGCGACUCCCUGCCCUCGAAGCGAUCAAAGAACUCCAAGGAUCACCGCACUGUGAGCCAGCACGAGGACAACAGCACUUCCGUAACUCCAACUCAGGCCACUCCGGAGCUCUCCCAGCGGCUCUUCGGUUCAUCCUCGACGACCAUCUCGGCAACGGCAACAGGCGGCGGCGUCACCUCUCUCCCAGAGCCCAUUUCCCUGCGGGAGGUCUCCGACAAUCGAGACUCCUCUCCGGUUCACCUGCCCACGAUAUUGGGUCUGAAGAUCCGCGCCAUUAACACCACGUCUCCCGCCCAGCAAGCGUCCCCGCAGACGCCCACGAAGUCGAAGCCGAAGAUCAAGCAGGUGGCGGGCAGCGCGAACAGCAACUCGCUGCUCAAGCAGCAGCUGCGCGGCGGGGCAAAGGACCCCGAGGUGCCGCUGGCCUCCAGGGUCACGCUGGCCGUGGCCCCCAGUGCCGCCCAAGGCGUCGAGGAACAGGGAAAGGAGGUGGCGAGGUCGAAGCAGGACGAGGUCAACGCCUGCAUUGGCCUGCAGUCUUUGGCCAACGCAGCCGAGCAGCAAGCCGCCCAGGCGGCCAACAAGAGCGGCAGCCACCAACUGCACCACCAACUGCUGCUCCACAUGGCGGCCAGCAACUCCAUGCUCAAAACCGCCGACUACUACCAACAGCAGGCGAAACAGGAGUCCCCCUCGAACGCUGCCCAGUACUUGGAUGACGACAUGGACCUCAUGUGCAUUGCCGAGCAGCAGGACAAGGGCGACGGGCCCGACCACGAGCUGCUGACCCUGGCCGAUGAGAACGACGGCUUGCCCGGCUACCAGGCCAACGAGGCGGAAGCAGCACCUGCGCCGGAAGACGACCUCGCUCCGGAGACACCGGCGGCCCCGCCGCCGACGCCCAGGAGCGGCAAGAAGAACACCAAGCGCCCCAUCCAACGGCGGAGGGUGCGCCGCAAGGCCCAGUCCACGCUGGACGACCAGGCGGAGCACCUGACGGAGAUGUCCGUGCGGGGACUGGACCUGUUCCGGUACGCCAGCGUGGUGGAAGGCGUCUACCGCUGCACCGAGUGCGCCAAGGAGAACAUGCAGAAGACCUUCAAGAACAAGUACAGCUUCCAGCGGCACGCCUUCCUCUACCACGAGGGCAAGCACCGCAAGGUCUUCCCGUGCCCGGUGUGCUCCAAGGAGUUCUCGCGGCCGGACAAGAUGAAGAACCACCUGAAGAUGACCCACGAGAACUUCACACCGCCGAAGGACAUCGGGGCCUUCAGUCCUCUCAAGUACUUGAUCAGCGCAGCGGCUGCGGGCGACAUGCACGCCUCGAUUUACCAGCAGCAGCAGGAGCAGGCGCACUACCAGAGGCAGUUGGCCGAGCAGCUGGAGCAGCAGAACGCCUCCUUCGACAGCCAGGACAGCUCGCUCCUGCUGCCGGACGUCAAGCUGGAGCAGGGCGAGGAUCAGGAUCAGGACCAGGAUCAGGAUGCGGAUCAGGAGGCUGAGCUCAGCGACGGCGGCUAUGAGGCCUCCAACCCCGCAGCCGCCGCGGCCGCCAUGCUGAGUCUGCAGCAGGACGUCAUCAUCAAGAACGAGAUACAGAUCUCGCCGUCGCCCUCGCCCACUCCGCCCACCUUCUGUGCGGGGGCGGAGGGCAAGUCCUUGGCACUGGGCCCCACCGCACAAACCGCAACGUAAAGACUUGGCAGGAUGACAGAGCAACUAGACCACGUUUAUCCUUAAGCAGCGGGCUCUGAACUGUAGAACUCAUUAUUGGUAGUUGUAUAAGAAACUGUGGCACUCAAAUCGACAGACUCAGAACGGUUUUUAGCUAAAUUCGGUAGUGUAGUUAAUGUAGGCCCGUAAGCAAUAUUAUUACUAACACGAGCUCCGUCCAGAAAGCCUUUUUAAGCAACAUUAACGCAUAAGUUUGCCUAUUAUAACAUAAGUCUUGACCCAACUAAGCAACGCACAGUUCAGUGAACUUGGAUGACUUUCGGCUUUAAUUAUAAACCACUUGACUGGCCGCCCACUGGAUCUCCGAAGGAUCCGAGUAGCAGGCACUUUAGGAACUUUUCAUUUCCCUUUGUGAUUUUGUUGAACCUUUUGUGUAGACCUUUGUUUUUUAUUUUUUUGUUGUACAUACAUAGCUAUGUAUAUAUUUAUAGGUUUGUUUAAUACUCAAAGUCCGUAGUUUAAUUUUGUUCAUUUCCUUGGCAACAAGCCGGAAUCAAAUGUAUUGGCUAUUUGUGCAAUCAUCAAAACGAGUUGGUGGCUGCGGAGAAACGCGACAGCGGGUCCUGCGGCCCCAGAAAUGUUGUAAACUUAACUACCUACUUAAGACCACUUAACUAGGAUCUAGGCGUAGUCUUAAGGCAAUCGAUGCACGUUCCAACGUACAACAAAAUGCGCAACGGACUUCCAGUGAAGAAAUUAACUGAUAUUUAUACGGAAUCCCAAUCUGGUAUUAUGCAUUGCGAUUAUAACCGUUUACUUAACGCAACAAUUACGACUUAAACUUAUGCGCUCAAUCUCUAGAUAUUAUAAUUGCGAUUUUAGGCUUAAUAUCCAAGAACCAAUUAGCGAGUUCAUUGAAUAAAGAGAAUUUACUGAAUGGCAA